CCGAAUUUUCCGAUUCCGAGUGUAACGGACGUGGGAAGGUAUUCCAUGGCUGUAAUGGGUUGUGAGGUCGAAUUUCUUCCUGGAUGUAAAUUCUUAUUGAUCUUAUAGUUCUUUUCCAACCAGUUCAAGAAGGCGAAAUCGUGAUUCAACCUGGUGCACCUUUCCACGGCUGGCUUUAAUUGCUCCCUGCCAAGAUGUUCAAGCGUUUGUUUAAGAAACGUAAGCGGGUUGAGAUUUCUGAACCUCAGAACUUUGAACAUCGAUUUCACACUGGAUAUGAUAACAGUACGGGCAAAUUUAUCGGUCUACCGCCACAGUGGGAAGCACUGCUUGGAAUACAGAGGGAAUUACAAAACAGACCUAAACCGAUUGUCGAUCCAGAAAUAAUCACUCAAGUUUCGCCACUGAGAAAAUCCCAGUGGAGUCUACUGAACUCUGAGGCAAAGGGUCCUGCCUCGAAAGUUAUUUCUGUUUCUCGCUCAAAUUCACUUCGCAAUUCAUUCCGAGUCAAUCAAGGCUCAAGGCCUUCGACCAGACGGCGAGAGAGAACGAGUACAGAACUUUCCGAAGACGUGAAUUCCACGCGCGCGUUUAACGGGAAAGUUCCACGGGCGGAAUAUAUUCGAGAACAUCCCGAAGAAAACAACCGUCGAUUUUCUCAAGGCUACGAACGCCCGCACAAUGGCAGGGAAAUCAAUCGACAGCAAAAGAUCCCUGCUAUAGAAAGAGAGACUUCAGCAAGUUCUGAUUAUGGCUCGGCGAGCACAGACUCUGGAGAAAACAAUGGCGAAGACCUCCGAAGCUCUUCCAAGACAAGACUCAUGUACUCUGAUUCCCCAGUCAGUCAUGAGCAGUUUCGAAAAGCGCUAGAAGUAGUUGUAACUUCAACUGGUCCUCCGGAGUAUCUGGACAAUUUUAUUAAAAUCGGCGAGGGCUCGACCGGGGUUGUCUGUCUUGCUCGAGAUAACAAAACAAAACGCCAAGUUGCAGUGAAGAAAAUGGAUUUGAAAAAACAACAACGAAGAGAACUCCUAUUUAAUGAGGUCGUGAUCAUGAGGGAUUAUCCCCAUCCUAACAUUGUAGAAAUGUAUGGAAGUUACCUUGUGGCAGAUGAGCUGUGGGUGGUGAUGGAAUUUCUCGAGGGAGGAUCAUUAACAGAUAUCAUCACUCAUACAAAUCUGUCAGAGGAACAGGUAUCUUGUGUGUGCCGUUCUGUGUUAAAAGCUCUGGCUUUCCUGCAUCCUCAGGGAGUCAUCCACCGAGAUAUCAAGAGUGACAGCAUUUUGCUCACCACAAGUGGGCAGGUAAAGCUCUCUGACUUUGGUUUUUGUGCACAAGUCACUGAUGAUAUGCCUAGAAGAAAGUCUCUUGUUGGCACUCCAUACUGGAUGGCACCAGAGGUGAUAUCAAGAAAACCAUAUGGCACAGAGGCUGAUAUUUGGUCUCUUGGGAUUAUGGUUCUUGAGAUGAUUGAAGGAGAACCUCCUUAUUUUAGUGAGCCGCCAUUACAGGCCAUGAGGAAAUUACGAGACUUGGAUCCACCAAUCUCAAGUAUGAGUAAUGAGAUGUCUCCUAGAAUGCUGUCAUUUUUGGAAAGGACUUUGGAGCGUGAUCCAGUGAAAAGAGCUUCCGCCUUUGAACUUCUAAAUCAUUCUUUCAUUCGUAGUACAGCAAACUCAACAUCUCUUGCUGACAUGAUGAAAAGUUUCAGACAUAGUGUUUGCUAGCCAAAAAGAGCUAAACAGGAAAUACAAGGAUUUCUCUCCCAGCAAGGCAAACUUCUCAUCAGAAUGUUGGUCUCUAUGAUUUUUUCACAAUUUAACUUGUCCUCCCUCAAGUCUUGGAAACAAGUCUUACAGACUUUAGUUUGCUAUAGCAAAGCAAUUGGUUUUUCACAGUUGUACCUUCCUAUGAUGGCUACUGUUGGAUGUCCAAAAUGUGGUCAUCAAUCAAAUACAGGUUUGUUUAGUGUGGAAUUGACUGGAGUACCUUCCUAUUUUAGGACCUAAAAAGUUUGUCCAAAUUAGAAGGUGGCCAUAUUAGCAGUGAUGGUUGUUAGUAGUGAAAAGAUGCACUGAGGUUGUUGUGGAAAGUGAAUUUCAGGUCAAAAUGAUUUAAGCUGGUUUGAAUAGUUUUUUUUUCCCAAAAAUUUAAUGUUCUAGGUAAAUUACUAUUGAUGUUCAUUAAACAAAGUGAAAUAGGAGUCAAACUCUUGUGAAGUCAUUUUAACCUGAAAUUAUUCAAACUGCAACAAACAUACCUUUCAAUGUAGCUGGGUGCCGAGCUAUCAGUGAAAGUGCAUCAAAGUGUUAUUUUUAGUGCUAUGCAAUCUUUGUAGUAAAAUUUCACCAAAAAUGAAUAAUAAGUCAAUGGAAUGUCAUUUAUAAUCAACAGUUCAGAAUCAAUUUGUAAAAUUAUUCAAGACACGUACAUGUAAAUACCUCUACACAAUGUAUAUUGACCAAUCUGGUUGUUGUAUGGCUUGCUUUAAAAUUUUUAAGCCUGCGUAGAACUGAAAGUGAUGGCCAAAGAAAUGAAAGCAGUUAAUAUACAUUUUUUUACCUUCAUUAAUGUCUAGGUGUCUUAAGACUUAAGGUGAGAUUUGUUGGUCAAAAAUCUCAUCAAGAAGUUUUUGGCUAGUACCCAAAUCUCUUUUUGAUGUCAUUUUGGGUUCUUCUUUCAUGAGAUUAGGAGAAUUGAAGUCUUGUUUUCUCAAGGGAUUUGCCUUUUCUGAAAGAAAAUUAAUGUUAACCCUUUAACUCCCAUGAGUGACCAAGACAGAAUUUAUCCUUACUAUAUCAAUGCAAUAUCAAGCAGACAAAUGACAAGAGUAAAGAAAAUAUCAAUUAGGGGAUUAUAAGUUGAUCCAAUACCAAUUCUCCAAACUAACAUCACAAGAACUGUAUGGCAGACAGUAAGGAGAAUUACUAAUGAGAUCUUGGGAGUUAAGGGUUAAUUGGGAAAAUCUGGUGAUUCACUGCAGUAUUUAGUCCAUUGUAUUAAUUUAACCCUUCAACUCCCAUGUGUGACCAAGACAGAAUUUCUCCCUACAUUAUCCAUACAAUUUCAAGCAGACAAGUGAUGAGAAUAAAGAGAAAUAUCAAUUAGGGGACUACAAGUUGAUCUAAUACCAAAUUCUCCAAGGUAACAUCACAAGAACUGUAUGGGAGACAGUAAGGAGAAUUGCAAAUAAGAUCUUGGGAGUUAAAGGGUUAAGGCUUUGUGAAGUUACUUUAAGAAAUGACAUCAUGCGAAAUAGUUAUGAGAGCUAAUGUUUCAUGAACAUAUCACAUGGCUGUCUUUUUCUGGUGAAUAGAAAAUAAUAUUUUUUUUAAUUACGAGGGUGUUAGCCUGCAAAAGUAACCAAAAUGCAUGCAGUACAACAGCUCAAGCACUGCAAAGGGUGCAUUAUAUCCCAGAUUAGCCAUUUUUUGUCAUUUCGAAUUAUGAAAACUUGGCUGGUUUACUCUAUAUGAAGCAAAAUGACAGCAAGGCUUGCAAAAACCUACUCUAAUGUAACAAAACGAGAAGGUCUCUAGAAAUUAUGGCUUUGUUGUAGUUGGAAGGAAGCCUCCAGGUCAAGUUUUGUGCAAGAGAUACAAACGCAAGAUAGAAGUGACGAAUUUUCCAGGUUUCAUUAUGAGACUCCUUGCUGUUUUUCUAUGUUUUUCAAGAUUUUAGAACUUGUGUACUAAGUGCUUUAGACUACAGCAUAAGCCACUUUUGAUGUAUUUGAGAAGAAACCUCUGAGGGGAAGUAUAUUUUCCGAGCUAAAAUCGUGUCCCGAUUCAGAGGGCCUUUUCAAAUUUUACAUCAGAUUAAGUAUUCAUUUUGGUAGAAAUGUGUGGUCUCAGUUAAUGCUAGUAGCGUUCUUCACGAUGUUUCCGAAAUUACAUGUUUUCAUUUAGGGAACCUUUCAUAAAGUUAUAAGUAGUGUUUCAAUAAUGCAGCCAUUUUAACAAUCAAAUUAAACAACCAGCAAGCUAUUUAAUCGCCGCAGUGGCUUUGCAAUUAAUGCUGCGAUUAAUUUUAGAUGAAAUUUCCUUUAGUUUUUAAGUGAACCAUGUUGUAUGCCAUGGACAGUACACAGAUCUAAUCUUAAUUUUUUAGACCACUGAACCUUUUUUUUUUAAUCAUAAUUAAUUUCAAUUUUAUGGGUUUCACGAUGUAAAUAGGACAGACUUAGAAGUGGUUUGUAUUUUUUUACAUUAAAAUGCCUGAAUUCUGA